UAUUUCUCAAAUACUUCAUCGUGUUCUGUUAUUUUGUUUGUAUGUGUUUUAUGAGAUUAAUAAAAAUACAACUAUUUUCUUCCAGCCUAGUGUGUUAAUUGUAACCUACAAGGAACCUACAAAAUCAUCUACUCAGUUCGGAUCCUACAGACAAGCUGAAUGGAGACCAGAUAGUACCAUGAUAGCUGUGUCAACAGCAAAUGGCUACAUCUUAUUUUUUCAUGUUAUAUCUUCAAGAGGCGACAAGUACCUUUAUGAACCAGUAUAUCCCAAAGGAAGUCCACAAAUGAAGGGGACACCCCAUUUUAAGGAAGAACACUGUGCUCCAGCAUUAAAUUUAGAGAUGAGGAAAAUAUUGGAUUUACAAGCACCCAUCAUGAGUUUGCAGUCUGUACUGGAAGAUCUUCUGGUUGCUACUUCUGAUGGACUUCUUCAUCUUAUUCACUGGGAAGGAAUGACAAAUGGAAGGAAAGCCAUUAAUCUUUGCACAGUACCCUUUUCAGUAGAUCUGCAAUCAUCUAGAGGUUCAUUUCUGGGCUUUGCCGAUGUGCACAUCAGAGACAUGGAAUAUUGUGCCACACUUGAUGGAUUUGCUGUUGUGUUUAAUGAUGGUAAAGUUGGAUUUAUUACACCAGUGUCAAGUAGAUUUACUGCAGAGGUAUGGCUUAUUUACUUUGAAUAUUUAUUUUAUUUUGCAUUUAAUAAUGUUAAUCUUUGUUAUUAAAUCCUUCCCCAUUUUCUAUUUUCAUUUAAGAUUUUAGGAGUUAUUAAUUUUUUAACUAUAUACAUAUGUAUGUAUAAACAAUGUGUAUAGACAAAAUUAUAUUAGACAUAUUGAAGAAAAUCAAUGGUUUCUGUCCAGAGGCAUAUGCCUUUUAAUUCUUGUACUAGUUAUUUGGAUAUUUCCUCUACUGCUCUGAGCAUUGUCUUUAAUUUUAGUUUUUAGUUUGUGUUAUUGACUUUCUCCUAUGGAAAAUGGCCAUUCACUUCCCGCUUCCCUACUCCCAACAUACUCAUAUUCUUUCCAUAUUCUCAAU